AUGGCUAGUAAGGCACGCAAGAUUCCCUCAGGGGAUUGGGAGCGUCACAAGGAGAUUAUUCUGAGCCUCUACCUUACUUCUGAUCUCUCUGGGGAUGAAUUAGUUCAGACCAUGGCAAAGGAAUAUGGGUUCGCUGCUACUAUAUCGCAAUUCGAAGCCCAACUACGAGUUUGGAACGCUCGUAAGAAUCUAAAGAAAGACCAAUGGGAAGUGAUCUUGCCAAAGAUCGAUAAUCUAUCUUCUCGCGGUAUUCAAGCCAGGGUGAUGAUAGCAGGUCACCCUGUUCCAAUAGACAGAAUCAAUCGAGCCAGACGCUACUUCAAGGGUGACCACCGUCCUCGGAAGCGACGCCGAGUUGAAGAGGGCUUAGACCGGGCGACAAACAUUGCCGACGGAGGCGUUACCAUCGAAGUUCAGAGCUCCGACGGCAACUGGACUCCAUACAUAGAUGUAGCUGAUGAAGAUACUCCCUCCCAACAACAACCGUCAGGUAUCGACGAAACACUGGAGUCUGCUGAGCAGGAGUUUCAAGUCGAAAACUACUCUGCACAAGUUGUCCCAUGGCCCGACGCCAUCGAGUCCUUGGCAUCUCUGGAUACACUUCCGGAUAUACUUCCGGAUAUACUUCCGGAUAUACUUCCGGAUAUACUUCCGGAUAUACUUCCGGAUAUACUUCCGGAUAUACUUCCGGGACUAUCACCAUCCCGUACUAUGAAUCUCAUUACCUACGACCAGUCCAUAAAUGUCGAAGAUCAAAUAUUCGAGCGUACUAUAAGUAUUCAAGACCAAGUUUCACAGUCACCGAUGCGCUUUGAACUCGACGUUAACAUUGCGGGCCCAGCCUUGGAGUUUGACUUGACCCAAUUUUCUUUUGGGCCAAUGUUUUUAGAGGGUUUGCCUUUUGAACGAUUUGAGCGUGGCUUAUUGUCGAAAAGCCUUCAGCUUAUGCACUCUCCGCCCGACUGCCGAUUACCAUCCGGGGCUGGGAACCGGGCGAUGAUGUUCCUCUUCGAGGCCGCCACUGCUAUGACAAGUACCAAUGGGAAGUCUGUCAACACAAAUGCAGCCAGUGCCAGACUUACCCUACAAACAUUGGACAAGCUUCUCCCAAACGGCCAGCUAUUUGAUAAAAAUAAUCAAGUAACCAGCCUCUCACAGGAAAGGCCGGAGAUUGAAAUGUGUCGGAUACUUCUAUUCUCGGCUGCGAAUGGAUUUAGUGGUAUGGACAACAUACCGCUCAAAGUCGUACCUAAAUUCCUUGAGCAGAAUAGCAACGUUGCCCAGCUAUUACCACGCCUAUUCCAAGACAAGCCAAAUCACGUUACAAAGGCUCUUGCAGAGAAUCUAUUUCGUGCGUGGAUAGAAUCCGGGGAUUAUAGGGCAAUCGGGCUCGUCCUCAAAACAGGCUUAGUGGACGUUAACAAAAUAUGGUGCUUCGUUGAAGGCGAAAAGUAUACGCCCCUUGAGCGACUUGCUCAGCUUCAGCAUCUACGAGCAAUUCGCGAGUUGCUCCAAUUCAAAGCUGAUGUAAACCGAACAUUAUCUGAUUCAAAAAAACGGAAUUUCAUUCCCAAUACACACCACGGAGGGGCCUUAUAUCAUUUGGUAAAUAGACUUAUCCCUAGAACUGGUCGUUGUCAUAGUACUUUCUCCCAAGACUGGCUCGAUACGGUAGAUGCCUUAAUCCGGGAGGGGGCAAAGGUGCACGCACAUCUUGUUGGAAUGGCGUUAGGUCAGUUUGUUCAAAUGGACCUUGCCGAGAAGAUCUUGUAUUCGCUCAAACCGGCGCAGUAUCCGAAAUUCAUAGCUAGAUUUCAUGGGCUAUACUUAAUCGCACAAAAUUUUACGGAUGAAAAGGCCAAAAAAGCAUUCGCCAAGAUAUUUAACGACUGCAAACAAUCUUUAAGCCGUUACUCGACCGAAAUAGAUAAAGCACUCUACAUUGGUGCCGGAAGAGGUCACAUCCAACUUGUGCGGUCCUAUUUCCAAUAUGUCAAAGAUUCAGCUGCAGUACUCGCUGCAGCAAUCGAAGGUGGUAAUGAAGAACUUGUCGCAUUCCUUCUUACUCAAAACCCUAGCGUGCAUUUGAUUAAAUAUCGGCCACCAACAAUGCCAAUAUCAUCGCUAACACCACUAUCUAGCGCAAUAGAAGCAGGGAAUGCUGCUCUAGUGAGAGAACUUGAAAUUAGGGGCGCCUUAGAGCACCUUGACAAAUAUUCAUAUGAGCUUUCGGUCGCGCUUUCUGCUGCUGCUCGUGUGGGAGACUUGGAGUACGUGAAGAAGCUAUUGGUCCUCUAUCCCAAAUUUCACGGCGAUAACAUAAUAGUGGCAUUGGGGUAUGCGAGCAGAAAUGACCGAAAAGACAUUGUGCAAUUCUUACUUGAUAUGGAAGUCGAAAUUUCAGGUAUACACACACCUCAAGCAACCUCGGACCUUUUCAUUGGAGCGUACGGCAAUAAGUCGUUUUUGUCUGACUUAAUUUCUGCCUACCCAGACUUCAAGAUAGGCGCCAUUAAGGAAUGCGAUUUCCUUAGAAAAGAUCUAGAGUCGGGGAAUAUGGACAUGCUUAAUUUCUUUGCUCAGUCUAGAAUUAUCACUAGAAAUUUCUUGACUGAGUGCUUACCAAUCGCAGUUAAGCAACGCAACAGUAUGAUGGUUCAUCGUUUACUCGAGUUAGGGGCGGAUAUAUUCAGCAAAGAAAUCCAACGUGAUUUAUUCACAAACCCGGAUAUGGAUAUGCUACAGUUAUUGCUUCAGCAUGCUUCAUCGAUGGAGACUUGCGUCCCACUGUUUGGAACGCGGGCUCUCAUGGAUGUCAUUCAAGCAAACGUCAAUGGUACUGAGGUUCUAAACUUAUUUAUUAACUGCAGAGCCGUUGACUUUAAGUCUAUGUCGAAUAUGGGGCCCGAGCCAGUCCAAUGGUCCCCUCUCGGGUUAGCCAUUGCGAAAGAAGCAGAAAGUUGUCUACCAGGCUUUCCGAUGACCAGACGGCUCCUUGAUGCAGGAUGCGAUAUAAACGGGGCCGUAUGCCUUGAAUACGACGAGGGCUAUUUUCGUAUACUUAAAACGCCACUCUUGGAGGCAAUCGAGUCGAAGAACCAACUUUUAGUCCAAUUCCUUAUAGAUCGCGGCGCCCAAGUCAACAAAAAAGCCACUUUGGGAAUUAGAAGAACCCCUAUUCAAGCCGCUGUAGAGCAAGGCAGUCUUGAUAUGGUAAAAUUACUUCUUCAAAAUGGUGCACAGAUCAACAACGAACCAGCAACUCUCAAUGGUAGGACGGCGCUCCAAUGCGCAGCUAUAAGCGGUAAUUGCAACAUCGCCGCCCUAUUGCUAGAUUACGGCGCGGACAUAUUUGCUUCUCCGUCUCUAUAUUAUGGACAGUGGCCUAUCGAAGCGGCAGCCGAGUAUGGUCGACUUGACAUGAUCGAAUUCCUCUGGAAUGCGAGCGGCGGGGUUGGGUUCCCGGCGGAGCAAUGUCGUAAGGCAAUACAGCUUGCAGAAGAGAAUACUCACGACGCAUGCGCCGACUUGAUACGGGAACUGGCCGUUUCGAACGGAAUCAUACUUACGCUUGAAGGAUCUGAAUAG